AUUUUUCAAAAUAUUAUCGAAUAACUUUUAUUAAACUUUUAUUAAACGUUUGUACCUUGUUGUAGGUAACAAUGUCGUACAUGGAGAUUUACAAUGAAAACAUCCGUGAUCUUCUCAAUCCUAGUUCGGGAUAUUUGGAUCUGCGUGAUGAUACUCAUGGUCGUAACAUUCAAGUCUCAGGAUUAACAGAAAUCUCCAUCAACUCGACAGAAGAAGUUAUGCAACUUUUACACAGAGGUAAUAAAGCGAGGACAAUAGAACCAACCGCCGCGAAUAAAAUUUCGUCACGAAGUCACGCGCUUCUUAGCGUUACAGUCAGACAAUUCUUCCACCGGGAAGGUGAUCAGCGUUUGCGCAACAAAAUGAAACAAGGAAGACUAUUUAUGAUCGAUCUCGCUGGAUCUGAACGAGCCAAGCAAACAAAAAACAAGGGCAAAAGACUACAGGAAGGCGCACAUAUCAAUAGAUCUCUUUUAGCAUUGGGCAACUGUAUCAAUGCCCUGUCUGGUGGUGCACGGUACGUGAAUUAUCGCGAUUCUAAGCUCACCCGAUUGCUGAAGGAUGCCCUUAAUGGCAAUUGUCGAACCGUCAUGAUCGCUCACGUAUCACCGGCGAGCGCGCAUCGCAACGAGAGUAAAAAUACUCUUAUUUACGCGGACCGCGCCAAUAAAAUCUCUAAUAAGAUUGAACGGAAUGUAUUGGACGUCAGUUAUCUGCAUGUCGCGCAAUAUCGUGACAUAAUCAGUGAUUUGAAAAACGAGAUCUCACGCCUACGAAACAAAAUGAAGGAUGAGAGACCGAGACGAACGGAGGUAGAUGCAAAGGGAAUCUUAGAUGAUACUCGCGAUAACGAUUUUAAAUCAUUGAGGGAGAAAAUUGUAUCCGCUUUUAAGGAACAAAUGCGUCUGAGGAGGAAACUCAUGGAACUGGACAGCCAUCUCUUGCGCCUAAAUAUCACUGCUGAACAGCAGCAUUCUGUAAUCUCACAUUGGGAAUCAAGAAAUAAUAGAGUAUAUGGAAAAUCACGGGAUUCCAAUACGCGUCGUCCUGAUACAGAUUACCAAGUAGACGAAAUAGACGACAUGGAUCUUUUAGAAGAUGAACUUGAAGAUGACUUAGCUGUGCAACAAGCGUGGACGGAAUUAUCGGAGAUCACGAGAGAGCAAGAAAGAUAUGCCGAAAUGCGUGCUGUUACGGAAAAAGAACUUGAAACUUGUCGAAAGUGCUGCGCUAUGCUCGAAGAUCAAUUACCCUCGCGUAUAAAUUCGGAUGAGGAACGCGAACUGUUGGCAUUGAUGUUGCGAGUUCAUGAACUCGAAGCGGAUAAGAUGAUGUUGCAGAGUGAGAGAUUAGUCAAACAGCAUGAACUUAGACGUCGCGAGCUACUACUGCUCCGUUAUGAUCGACAACGACAAAUCUCCGACGAGAUUAUUACUAGACAACGACGGAUUAUGGAAGACGGUCAUUUGGCGCUUCCACUCGAUUUGCAAAAUCUCUACGCUAUGUAUCAGCAAGAAAUUCAAGCUGCAACAUAUACUGAUAGCACUUUUGGUGACUUCGCUAUGUCUCCGGCCACGUCAUCUCUCAAUCGUGAAAAAUUGCCACCUAUAUCCAGCAGGCUCAGCAUUUAUGACAAUUUUAAUAGCGAUUUAAGGAUAACUAGCGGUUUUACAGAUUCCGACUGGGAUUCACCGUUACCACCGAUUCAAGAACCGCAGGAAGAGGAGCAUGUAAUGGGGCCAGUAGUACAGCCAUUAAUUUCAACAGCCACCUUAUUUCCGCCAAUAUCAGCAGCGAACACACGAAACUAUGAUAGGAAACUUCGUCGAAUAGCGAGCGAUGACAGCAUGGAUUCGGCGCAAUUUACGCACAAUGGGAAUAAUCGUCAUAAUAUUGUUAGAACGAGAAUCGAAACUCAUGGAACGGAUAGCUAAGAUAAACGUGUAUUAUUCUAUUCAUUUACAUGCAUGCACAUGCAUAAUAAAGCCGUAUUUUAUCAUA